UCAUCAGGAGCUGUGAUCCGCUGUUCCCCUUUGAGACAGUGCCCCCCCAACCUCUGGGAACAAGAAACGACAGGCCAGGCCUCCGGGAAGGAGGGCACUGUGUGUGUGUGUGUGUGUGUGUGUUUUGUUUGUAUGUUUGUUUGUGUGUGUGUAAGCAACGACAGGCCACGGCUCUAGGUAGGAGGGGACUGUGUGUGUAUGUGCUUGUGUGUUUGUGUGAAAGGGGUGGGGGUUACUGUAUAAACCGAUUAAGAGUGUGUGUGCUCAGAUACUUCACAAGCAGAGUCCCGUGCGACCGACAGCAAUACGUAUUUCACCAACAUCUCUCUCUACAUCUGUCUUUUGGUUCAACGACCUAUCAUAUAUUCACUCCACUGUGAAUUCACUUCCUGCUAUAGGUCCCGAGACUAACAAGAGUGCAGCACAGGAUACAAGGGGGACAAGGCGACAACGGCGAUGGCCUCGUGGUUCGGUUGGAGCGGCGAGCCAGACUACCGGAGUCCACGGCGGGACCCAUCUGAAGUGGUCACAGACACCCUGAUGCUGGAGCUCAGCUGGCAGCUGAAGGAGGCAGAGAGGAUGCAGCGUGAGAGGGACAACGAGUACCGGCGCCUCCAGACAGGAGUGGACUACAGCUGGCUGGUCAACACGCCACGUAACACCUACGAUGUGUCGGCUGGCGAGAGGCUGGGCCUGGAGGACCUGUGCUCCAAGGUGCAUCCAUCCUACUGUGGAGCCGUCAUACUGAGGUUCCGGCAGGUGGUGACUGAGAACGAGCCAGAGAUGCAGGAGGUGUCGGCCCUUUUCCGCUCUGUCAUCCUCGAGGCCCUGGACCGCCUGAGGGAGGAGCAGGAGGCGCAGCGGCUCUUGCGCCAGUGGAACAACAAGCGGGCCAUGAGCACGUCUCUCAUGAACUUCAAGUCGCGCGUCAAGAUCAAACCCUUUGGCAGCACCGUGGGCCUGACCUCGACCAGCGGGGAGGGCGAGCUGAAGACGGUGUCGGAAGACGUGGAAAAGGCGCUGGAAGAGAGGGCUGACAGGGCCCAGAGGGUUAGGAGCAUGCCUGACUUUAGACACAAAGGGCUUUACACUACCAAGACCAUCUGAGCUGGGGAUCCACAGGACAGUGUUGUGGUUCAGUGGUGGAUGGAGAGAAGCUAGUGAGAGGUAGCCUAUAAUAAUCCCCCCGGAACCUUCCCAGUCUGCUUUGCACAAGAAUGGGGAGAAAUAGGAGACGUCUCUCCCAUCCUCUCCUUUGUCAGUGUGGGGUCUUCUCUAUUGAAUGCUUUUGACUGGGGUAAUAUGCUUAGAAUAUUUCACAAUGUUUUGAGAUUUUUAGACACCUUGUUUGCUGUACUGUUAUUGAGGUCUUUGUUCUCUUGUAAAUUAAAGAGUUUCUAAGAAAAUGGUGUUGCAUGCACUUUCAAUGCCUUUUCAACGUAAUACAUGGUAGUUAUUUAUACUUAAAACUGUAAUUAACCAAUGAGACUUACAUGAAAAGCAAUUAAGAAGUUCUGUGGUUUUUCUCAAGCAUUUUUUGAACUUUAAAGGGAAGUGCUAUUAAAAACAGCUUUAGACCUUUUUAUAGCUUAAAACAAACAGUAAAUCACUGACUGCUCUAUUACACUGUGUUUAGUAUGAAAUUGGAUAUUGUAUCGAUCUUCUAAUUCUUUACAGUUGGAAUACAGUGCAUCUUGAUUCACGUCUUUGUGUUGUCAGUCUUACUUUAUUGCUAUUGACUUAUUUCUGUGCAAAUAUUUUGAAUGCCCGUCACUUUCUUAUGGCAUUUUCUCCGAAGAAACUGCAUAGCUACUAAGGUUGAGGAGCCUGGGCUAUUUGCUGUGUCCAAGAAUAUUGACAAAACCUAGAUACAGGACAAACUGUGUCUCACAAUGGCAGCAAUAAUUCAUACACAAAUGGAAUGGAUGCUUUGUAUCAGAACAUUGCACAUCACUACUGAACAGUCUCUCUAUAACAGCAGCAGUUUAUUGCUGUUGAGAAAAGAGCUGUUGUAUUGGGUAGACUGUCACAAUGCCACAUAACAAGCUCAUCUAAAAUACAUUUGAUUUAUAUAGUAUUACAUGGGAUGACAUCCAGUUACGAGUCUCAGAUUUGUACAUUCUAUAGACGACUCUCUGAUAUUUAAUAUAUCCAACACAGAUGUCUUACUUAA